GACAACAGUUAAUGGGAUUAUAGUCUGCACGUACGACGGCGGGGAAUUCUGUGCACAUCAAGUUGUGGAUUGUCGAAGUCCACAUUCUCUACCGCACCAUGUGUGUCACAAUAUCACACUGACGUCCUAUGGCUGUUGUGUGAUUGUCGGGAAAUGAAAGCAGCAACCUAAAGGGUUCGAAAGCCGAGGGAAAUCUUGACGACUUUCUGGGCGUUGUUGUUGUAAAGUUGUAACGGCGUUAAAAAGCAUGCCUCGUCUGACCCCAGUGUACACGGCCAGCCGAGUGAAAAAGUUCACCAAUUACAAGCCUGAACCGACGUUUAAAGUUCUUUUACCUCCCAUUUUGGCUGACAAAGUUUCAAAUAAAAAAGAAAGGAAUAAAGGGGUGGAAUGUCUACAAGAAAUGACGGUUAUGAUGGCAUGCUGGAAGGAAAAGGAUUUUGCUGCAGGAAGAUGUUCAAAAGAAAUUGAGAGCUUCCAGAAGUGCUCUGCUGCAGCAGCUGCUGCAUUAGCAAAGAAACGGGAACUGGAGAAAAAGGGCGUGUUUAGCAAUGAUGGGGGCAAGAUGCCGUCACAAUAUGUGAACAAACUGCUGGCACGUUUCCCACAGCCACCUCAUCGUUACUGAGCUGUAAGAUACCAUGUUGUUGUUGCAGAAUCCGGUGUACAGCGUACAGAUGAUUGCAGAUGUGAACAGUUGCUUAUGAGCCACCAGAAGUGUUACAUGAGACUGUUCCAGUGACAAUAAUUUCCAAGCCUUAGUGUAUGUCCCAAGCAGGGAAUGCAAUAUUUUUAAAUAAAAAUGUGUGCAGAUGAUA